GCCCUCUCCCCUGAUGGGACUGUGCUGGCUACUGCGAGCCAUGAUGGCUAUGUCAAGUUCUGGCAGAUCUACAUUGAGGGACAAGAUGAGCCAAGGUGUCUGCAUGAGUGGAAGCCUCAUGAUGGGCGGCCCCUCUCCUGCCUUCUGUUCUGUGACAACCAUAAGAAACAAGACCCCGAUGUCCCUUUCUGGAGGUUCCUUAUUACUGGUGCUGACCAGAACCGGGAGCUAAAGAUGUGGUGCACAGUGUCCUGGACCUGCCUGCAGACUAUUCGCUUCUCCCCAGAUAUCUUUAGCUCAGUGAGUGCCCCUAGCCUCAAGGUUUGCUUGGAUCUCUCAGCAGAAUAUCUGAUUCUCAGUGACGUGCAACGGAAGGUCCUCUAUGUGAUGGAGCUGCUACAGAACCAGGAGGAGGGCCGUGCCUACUUCAGCUCCAUCUCGGAGUUCCUGCUCACCCACCCUGUGCUAAUUGGUAUCCAGGUUGUGAGUCGUUGCCGGCUGCGGCACACUGAGGUGCUGCCCGCUGAGGAGGAGAAUGACAGCCUGGGUGCUGAUGGUACCCAUGGAGCCGGUGCCAUGGAGUCUGCAGCUGGUGUGCUCAUCAAGCUCUUUUGUGUGCAUACUAAGGCACUGCAAGAUGUGCAGAUUCGCUUCCAGCCACAGCUGAACCCUGAUGUAGUCGCCCCACUCCCCACGCACACUGCCCACGAGGACUUUACAUUUGGAGAGUCUCGGCCUGAACUGGGCUGAGGCCUGGGGUCAGCCGCUCACGGCUCCCAGCCUGACCUCCGACGAAUCGUGGAGCUGCCUGCACCUGCCGACUUCCUCAGUCUAAGUAGUGAGACCAAGCCCAAGUUGAUGACACCUGAUGCCUUCAUGACACCUAGCGCCUCUCUGCAGCAGGUACUCUCAUCACAUGCCUCUCCCAGCAGCAGCAGCAGUGGUAGCAGCAGCAGCAGCAGCAGUAGCAGCAGCUCCCUUACAGCUGUGUCUGCCAUGAGCAGCACCUCAGCUGUGGACCCCUCCUUGGCCAGGCCAUCUGAGGAGCUGACCUUGAGCCCCAAGCUGCAGCUGGAUGGCAGCCUGGCAAUGAGCAGCAGUGGCAGCCUGCAGGCAAGCCCGCGUGGCCUCCUGCCCAGCCUGCUCCCAGCCCCAGCUGACAAACUGACUCCCAAGGGGCCGAGCCAGGUGCCUACUGCUGCCUCUGCACUUUCCUUGGAGCUGCAGGAAGUGGAGCUGGGGCUACCCCAAGCCUCCCCGAGCCGUACCCGCUCUCCUGAUGUCAUCUCCUCAGCUUCCACUGCCCUGUCCCAGGACAUCCCUGAGAUUGCGUCUGAGGCCCUGUCCCGUGGCUUUGGCUCCUCUGCAUCAGAGGGCCUUGAGCCAGACAGUAUGGCUUCAGCUGCCUCAGCAUUGCACCUACUGUCCCCACGGCCCCGGCCAGGGCCCGAGCUCGGCCCCCAGCUUGGCCUCGAUGGAGGCCCUGGGGAUGGAGAUCGGCAUAAUACCCCCUCCCUCUUGGAGGCAGCCUUGACCCAGGAGGCCUCAACCCCUGACGGUCAGGUUUGGCCCACAGCACCUGACAUUACUCGUGAGACCUGCAGCACUCUUGCAGAAAGCCCCAGGAAUGGCCUUCAGGAAAAGCACAAGAGCCUGGCCUUCCACCGACCACCAUAUCACCUGCUGCAGCAACGUGACAGCCAGGAUGCCAGUGCUGAGCAAAGUGAUCACGAUGAUGAAGUGGCCAGCCUUGCCUCUGCUUCAGGAAGCUUUGGCACCAAAGUUCCUGCUCCACGGCUGCCUGCCAAGGACUGGAAGACCAAGGGAUCCCCUCGAGCCUCACCCAAGCUCAAGAGGAAAAGCAAGAAGGAUGAUGGGGAUGCGGCCAUGGGAUCCCGGCUCACAGAGCACCAGGUGGCAGAGCCCCCUGAGGACUGGCCAACGCUAAUUUGGCAACAGCAGAGAGAGCUGGCAGAGCUGCAGCACAGCCAAGAAGAGCUGCUGCAGCGUCUGUGUACCCAGCUCGAAGGUCUACAGAACACCGUCACAGGCCACGUAGAACGUGCCCUUGAGACUCGGCAUGAGCAGGAGCAGCGGCGGCUGGAGCGAGCACUGGCUGAGGGGCAGCAGCGGGGAGGGCAGCUGCAGGAGCAGCUGACACAACAGUUGUCCCAGGCACUGUCUUCAGCUGUAGCUGGGCGGCUGGAACGCAGCUUACGGGAUGAGAUCAAGAAGACAGUCCCUCCAUGUGUCUCAAGGAGUCUGGAGCCUGUUGCAGGCCAACUGAGCAACUCUGUAGCCACCAAGCUCACAGCUGUGGAGGGCAGCAUGAAAGAGAACAUCUCUAAACUGCUCAAGUCCAAGAACUUGACUGAUGCUAUUGCCCGAGCAGCUGCAGACACAUUACAGGGGCCGAUGCAGGCUGCCUACCGAGAAGCCUUCCAGAGUGUGGUGCUGCCAGCCUUUGAGAAGAGCUGCCAGGCCAUGUUCCAGCAAAUCAAUGAUAGCUUCCGGGUGGGGACACAGGAAUACUUGCAGCAGCUAGAAAGCCACAUGAAGAGCCGGAAGGCACGGGAACAGGAGGCCAGGGAGCCUGUGCUGGCCCAGCUGCGGGGCCUGGUCAGCACACUGCAGAGUGCCACUGAGCAGAUGGCAGCCACUGUUGCCAGCAGUGUUCGGGCUGAGGUGCAGCACCAGCUGCACGUGGCUGUGGGCAGCUUGCAGGAGUCCAUUUUAGCACAGGUACAACGCAUUGUUAAGGGUGAGGUGAGUGUGGCGCUCAAGGAGCAGCAGGCCGCUGUCACCUCCAGCAUCAUGCAGGCCAUGCGUUCAGCUGCUGGCACACCUGUCCCCUCUGCCCACCUUGACUGCCAGGCCCAGCAAGCCCAUAUCCUCCAGCUGCUGCAGCAGGGCCACCUCAAUCAGGCCUUCCAGCAGGCCCUAACAGCUGCUGACCUGAGCCUAGUGCUGUAUGUGUGUGAAACUGUGGACCCAGCCCAGGUUUUUGGGCAGCCACCCUGCCCACUCUCCCAGCCUGUGCUCCUUUCCCUCAUUCAGCAGCUGGCAUCUGACCUUGGCACUCGAACUGACCUCAAGCUCAGCUACCUGGAAGAGGCCGUGAUGCACCUGGACCACAGUGACCCCAUCACUCGGGACCACAUGGGCUCUGUUAUGGCCCAGGUGCGCCAAAAGCUUUUUCAGUUCCUGCAGGCUGAGCCACACAACUCACUUGGCAAGGCAGCCCGGCGUCUCAGCCUCAUGCUGCAUGGCCUUGUGACCCCUAGCCUCCCUUAGCUGCUAAGCCUGCCUUGCCCAGGGGUGGGAUGGCACUGAAGGCCAGCAAACAGGCCUAGGUUGAGGCAGAGUCAUGGCUGGCUUUUACUUGUUCAGGCCCCCAUCUCUGGGGUGUUUGGGGGUUGGGGAGCAGGGAGCACUGGCUGUGGUCUACAGGGUGUGGUAGUCAGCAGGUUUAGGCUGGGCCCAGGGCAGGUAUUGAGCCUUCUUGGGUUCUGCCAUUGCCUGGAGCAUGACCCCGAGAUCGUGACACCACUUGAGUGGAAUUUUCCAUGUUCCUUUUUACCUCUGAUUUGGAUCUUUUUGUUUUUGAAAAACAUUGAGAAAUUCAAUUAAAUAUGCUUUUGGAAUAAAAUGAAGUAUGUGUGUGCUUUUGUUCUGUCUUCAGUAUGACUCUCAUAACUGCCCUCUGUCCCCUGCCCUUCUCUUCCCCAUGGAGCUCUGUAUAGGCCAAUCCAGCCAAAGGGCUGGAUUACAUACUCAUCUACUCCAGCUGUCUUCCCAGAUUUACCUUCUCCUUCCUUCUAUGGGGUGAGGGUCCAGAGGCCUGCUCAGCACCAUCCUGUGCCCCUCGGAAUUUCUGUUCUCUGAGGUCCCUUCGCUCCUUUACUAAUCUGGGUAUUGGAGGCGGAGCCGCCGGCUGGCUUCGGAGCCCCACCCCCGGCUCCCAUCCAAUCACCAUCCCUUCCUCCGGGGGCUGGGUGGACAGGCUGUACUCCUAGCAGCUAGCUCCUGCACUAGGCUCUCAGCCAGGGAUGAUGCCCCGCUGCCGCCGCUGCCAACAACCACCCCGUGCCCUGAGGCCGCUGCUGUUGCUGCCCCUCGUCCUUGUACCUCGCCUGGCAGCAGCUGCAGCAGGCCCAAACCGCUGUGACACCAUAUACCAGGGCUUUGCCGAGUGUCUCAUCCGCCUGGGGGAUGGCAUGGGCCGAGGAGGCGAGCUGGAGACCAUCUGCAGGUCUUGGAAUGACUUCCAUGCCUGUGCCUCUCAGGUCCUGUCAGGCUGUCCGGAAGAGGCAGCUGCAGUGUGGGAGUCACUACAGCAAGAAGCUCGCCGGGCCCCCCACCCGAAUAACUUGCACAUGCUGUGCGGCACCCCAGUGCAUGUUCAGGAGCACAGCACAGGCUCCGAAACCAACCAGGAGACACUGAGGGCAACAGCGCCUGCACUCCCUAUGGCCCCUGCACACCUGUUGCUGGUGGCUGCUCUGGCCCUGGCCUACCUCCUGGGGCUUCUGUCCUAGCCUGUCGGGUAAGGUGGCAGUGGCCAGGCCUCCAGCCCUGCUCUGGAGGUGGUUUUCCAGGCUCUGCAGAGCGCAGCAGGGCUUUUCAUUAAAGGUAUUUAUAUUUGUA